GUCACCCCUCAUCUGGAGCGCUUCCUUGCUUGAGCACUGUGGCACCCCUACACCCCGCCAAAACAAAAUUACUUCCCAGCCAGUAACCAGCGAUCCAGCCUUCUCGCCCCAGCUGCACUACAUCUACACUGCUACUGCGUGAGACCCGACUUCUACUGCAUGAGACCCGACAGGAACCACCAACCACUGACCACUGAUAAAGUCUUACCACUCCCCUUCUUCUUUCUACCGACCUCACACCUACAGCUCUCCCUCAUCAUAGCCAUUGCCCUCCAGGUCUCCACUUCUACGCUAGUUCUAUAUGAAUUCGUCGAGAGCAAUCAUUCCAGAUUCACCCCGCCCACAAUUUAGGUUUUGCUGCGAUACAAGUAGCUUUAUAAAACAGCAAUACUACCGCUAGUAGGGAUUUUCGUCAUCAUGUCGGCAGGACCUACAGAAGGUGGUGAUCAUGAGGGCCUGAAGGACAAGCUCAAGCAUCCUUUUGAUAACAUGCGAGAGAAGUUCAGAGACUCAAAGCUUUAUGACUUGAAAGUUGGUCUCAUUCACAAAAAGUACCAUAAUCACAGCCAUGUAAAGAUACAUAAAACUAAUGAAACGUGGUAGACACACCAUUGGGAAGUUUGGAAAUCUGGUGAGUACUCUUCUACAAAAUAUACUCAAUGGUCACUCAUCCAGAUUCUAGAUCAAUCCAAAUCAUCGACAUGACGAGGAGCAUGAGAAAAUCACUGAUGACAAGAGAACUAAAAUCGGAGAGGCUCAUCGAUUCAAGUCUUUCGCCCCAGAACGACCAGGUAACAAUAUUAAGUGGUAUGUGGAUGGAAGGGAUUACUUUUGGGUAUGUGCAUCUAGCAAAUCUCACCUAAGCUAAACUAACAACACAGGCUGUUUCCGUUGCCCUUGAACGAGCAACAGAAACCAUCUAUAUUUGUGAUUGGUGGCUUUCUCCAGAGUUAUUCUUGCGCCGACCACCUUAUUUCAACCAGGAAUGGCGUUUGGAUCAAAUUCUAAAGCGUAAGGCAGAAUCUGGCGUGAAGAUCUUUGUGAUUGUGUACCGUGAAGUAGAGGUAUGGCUGCCCAACAUCGUUGCAUCGGAAGGAAUUCGCUUACAAUUUCCUAGGCCGCUCUUACUUGCAACUCAGCUCACACAAAACAUGCACUACAAGCUCUCUGCCCCAAAGGGACACCAGGACACGGUAAUAUUGUAGUCAUGCGACAUCCAGAUCACAAUGUCCUUGAGAAUGCUGCAGAUAUGACCUUCUACUGGGCCCAUCACGAGAAAUUUAUUGUUAUUGAUUAUAAUCUGGCUUUCAUCGGUGGUUUAGAUCUCUGCUUUGGAAGAUGGGACAGUCAUCAACAUCCACUUGCUGAUGUCCACCCAGAGGGUGUUUCUACCGAAGUAUGGCCAGGUCAAGAUUUCAACAACAACCGAGUCAUGGAUUUCCAAAGCGUGAAUGAUUGGAAGUCAAAUGAGUUGUCCAAGGCGGAAUAUGGCCGCAUGCCGUGGCACGAUGUUGCGAUGGCAGUAGUCGGAGACUGCGUGUACGACAUUGCCGAGCAUUUCGUUCUUCGUUGGAACUUUGUGAAGCGUGACAAAUACAAGCGUGAUGGUCGAUAUGACUGGUUGACCAUGGAAGGUAGAGAAGGGCCGGACGAGGAUCUUGUUGGAGUACAAAGACCUAAACAUCCCGUGGGCGACUACAUACAUCAUCCUCUAUCUCCCUUAAGUGGGAAAACUCUCGGUGAACAAGGAACUGUUCACGCCCAGGUCGUUCGAAGCAGUGCGGAUUGGUCAAGUGGAAUUCUUACAGAGCAUAGUAUCCAAAACGCUUACAGCGAACUGAUCCGAAACGCCCAACAUUAUGUCUACAUUGAGAAUCAAUUUUUCAUCACUGCGACCGGAGAGGAGCAAGCACCAAUCAAAAAUACUAUCGGAAGAGCUAUUGUUGACGCGGUUGUGGGGGCCGGAAAGGAGAAUAGAAAGUUCCGAAUAAUCAUUCUGAUCCCCUCGGUCCCAGGCUUCGCUGGCGAUCUACGAGAGGAUGCAGCAAUGGGAACCAGAGCAAUUAUGGAUUACCAGUAUAAGUCUAUUUGCAGAGGCGAGCAUUCAAUAUUUGAACAGAUCAGAUCACAAGGAGUUGAUCCUACCAAGCACAUCUUCUUUUUCAACCUCAGAUCUUACGACCGAUUGAAUGUUACUCCGGCUAUUAAAAAGCAGGAAGAAAAGUCUGGAGUCAAAUACCAAGAUGUCCAAAGAGCGGAAGCGGAAGAGAUCAUGGACUCGGGUAUUCAUGGCACAAAUGAUCCAAAUGAUGGCCAAGAUACACAUAUGGGCCAACCAGGAAACAUUAAGCAGAAGCUACCUUUCAAAGAUGACACUAACAACGAAAAGAAAGAAGCGGACACGGACGCAAAACGCAGAUUUGAGGCUGCAGGCGAAGAAUCUGGUGGAAACAGAGUACCGGAAAGUUCGGACAGCGUUGCAAAGAAUGCUAUGCACCAACAACCCAGUCUACUUGCUGAGAAGUGGGAAGGACCACAGGAUAGUGAGGUCGAUAGUUGGAUUCAAGAGGAGCUUUACAUCCAUGGCAAGGUUUUGAUCGUUGAUGACAGAACUGUUGUUUGUGGAAGUUCGAACCUGAACGAUCGAUCCCAAUUGGGCGUUCAUGAUAGCGAAUUGUCUAUCGUCAUGACCGAUACAAAAAUGAUUAAGACGAAGAUGGGAGGACAAGAAUACGAGGCUGGGUGCCAUGCUGCGACUCUUCGAAGAUAUUUAUGGAGAGAACACCUCGGACUCUUACCUCCCCAGGAACUCGACGCCUCCAAAGACCCGAAUGCUCAACCUCCAGAUGUUCCCAACGACCCCCAAGAAAACGAAACCUACGAAUUCGUCGAGGAUCCACUCAGCGAUGAGGUCUGGGAUAUGUGGACCACCAGAGCUACCAAGAAUACCGAAAUCUUCCGCCAACUUUUUCACGCUGAUCCUGAUGAUUAUGGUAUGGAAAACAUUCCUCUCUAAUCGUAGAUUACUAACUUGUGUUCCGUAGUCAAAAACUUCGAGGAUUACGACAAAUUCCUACCACCCAAAGGAACAAAAUCUGGACAUAUCUAUGAUAGGAUGAUUCCUCCGGAUGAGAUCCGUGCCAAGCUUGAUCAGAUUAAGGGACAUCUAGUUUGGAUGCCCUUGGACUUUUUGAAGGAUGCGCCAAUGGCAGAGACGGGGUUGCAGGUUAAUAAAGUUACUGAGUGAGUAUUCCCGACAAAUCCCUUCAAGUAUCGCAACUAGAGAGAUAUGCUGAUGAUGUUAUUGCAGGUCGAUUUAUACUUAGAUAUUAAUGUCUAUUUUACUGACCCCUAAUUUCAGAAUUGAUGGAUGGAUGGGAUAUGGAGUUUUCUUGGGAUGGAUCUGGGUGAUUUUCUUUCUCUGCAAAUGGAAAGUUAGGGAAUCGGAACUGGGGACUUGCGCUUAGCUUGCGUGCUUGAUUGCUUUGUGGUUGGUGGGUUGGGUAUUUGGAGUAGGUAUGCAUCAUGAAUUAGGUAUUAAGCAUUAUAAGAAGUACGAAGUACGAUUUUCUUUUCCUGUUUUUGGGCAGUAUAGCGGUAUGUAAGGGUACACGAACAAAAAAUCCCGC